CUUUAUGCUAGCAGCACUCUCUUACCAUUGACUCUCAUUUCCUACAAACUAAAGACCUACUCGUACUUAGACACUAGACUAGAGAUAAGAACUUGUCUCACUAUUUGACUCCGUGAACUGUAUUAAGAUGUCCUAUUACAAUCUCAGACGGAACUCAAAACAAUGAUCCCACUCUUUCUGUUCGUCCUAACAGCUCUUCGCGCUUCUCACGCGGCAACAUCCUUUGAAGAAUGCCCACCAAAUGUACCUGCCAACUACUACUUACAAAUAUAUGGAGAUUACUGCUACCAGUUCGUGUUCUUUGAGAGGAGAGAUUACCAGGGCGCCCUGGACUACUGUAAUAGUUUCGGGGGCACCCUGGCACUGGCCAAGUCAAGCAACAUCACGUACUUCCUUGAGAAUGAGAUCGUACACAGAUACUACCGCCACUUGGACGUCUGGAUUGGUCUCAACAACCUUGGGGGCAGCCCGGUCUACAAGUGGGAGGACGGCUCUCCUCUGGUCUACACCAACUGGUCCCCACAAGAGGACUUGAGUUCUGGGAUAGGGCGAGACCGCUGCGUGUCCCUGGACCCGUCUGAAGGAGGACGGUGGCACUUAAACCCCUGCCUGGCGAUUUCGCCGGAAGAGCUGACAGAUUUUGGGAAAACUUUUGUCUGCCAGUACAGCAGAGUUCCGUUUUCCUCUUUCUCGUCACAGUCAAGCGGACAGAUCAGUGGAGUAACAGACAUCACCGCUGAGAGUCCCAGCACGGUGGCAACCUUGACCUUAGCCUGCCCAGCGUUUUCCUGUGACUUGGACUGCGGUAUGGACGGCUUUAAGAAAAAUGCCACCACGGAGUGUUCUAUUUGUGAAUGUUAUGUUUAAAGACUGAGAGUGCGCAGGACAGAGGCAAUAGCUCAGCACUUUUAAUCAAAACUUUGGGAAGCUGAGUCGAAUAUGACACACACACACACACAUACACACAUACUAAAGACUAAAAACGAAACCUAAAAGAUUAAUGUGAAAUAAAAAUAAACAAUAUAAAUUCAGAGCCCUACUUGAAAUAUUACUAUAGCAGAAAUAGAAAUGGAUGUGGGUCGGGUUGUCCUUCAUUCCGAGCAUUGAUCUAAGAAAUAUUCAUGACAAGUUUCAUCAAGAUACUCAAACUGUGUUGAUUUCUUCUCUAAAUGUAAUUUAACAAAUAGGCACAACUUUGUUAAAGAAAAACAUUUUUUUUUUCAUUUUAACAAUAUUUCAAACAAAUAACAUAAAAGAAGUGAUUUUAAAAAUC